UACACUUACAGUUCCUCAACAACAGUGUUAGCUUCAUAAGCUAAGUUAAUUUUGUAUUUAAAACGAGCUUUAUAUCGGGCGUGUAUUUCUAAUACCAAUUUAAAGCGGGCUUUCUUGUGACAAUGGAGGCUACCCCUCGUGUUUUAGGGCCAACAUCCAGGAUAAUUCCUCUUGCUUUAGCCAAAGGGACGGAAAAGCUGUGUGAACUUUGUCGAGGAAGAGCGCACCUGCAAUGCACCCAGUGUCAGGUCACCUUUUACUGUGAUGCAGAGCACCACCAGGCUGACUGGGUGGGGAUCCAUGAGAGAAUCUGUCAGUUGCUUGUUCCCAUUCGCACCCCGACACUCUUUAGUCUCCAGCGGGCUGGGCAAAUUGAAAUACAGCUUAAGAAGGCGGAGCUGGCGGAGAUUUGCAGGUUGGUGGCUCAGAGCAAGCUGUCUGAGGGGAAACACCAGGAGGCUCUGCCUGCUGCCCAGUUCUGCCUGCAGUGUUCCAUAGACGUCCAUGGCCCUGGGUCUGUCCAAUUGGUCCCUGCUGUCCUGCUGCUGGCUGAGGCUAACAUGGGUUUGGGUCAUCUACCCCUGGUGGCGGAGCUCCUGUCCCAGGCAGAGUGGGCGGUGUUGCAGAACCCAGAAUGUGGUCCCGCAGUCCACCACCGGCUGCACAGGAGCCUGGGCCGCCUUCACACAGAGACUGGAAACCUGGAAGCAGCUCUGUUUAACUUUGCUAAUGAUAUAUACUUUGCCAGUGAGGAGUAUGGUGUGGAUAGCACAGUCACCUGCAGUGGCUACUUUCUCAUGGCUGAUGUGUUUGCCAAACAGGGGAGGAUUCCUAUUGCUCGUUCCUUGUACUCUGAGGUGGCACAUAUUUGGCACUGCCAUCUGACCAGACUCCUCAAGACCCACUUCCAAAGUAUCCAAAGUCCUGACAUCUUGUUGGAGCCCUCUUAUGACACAGCCCAGCGAGUUGAGGUGAACAAGAUGUUAAACACCAUGUUGGAGUUUGUGCAGAAUGACUCCAAAAAAGACUUGGCUCAGAUUGCACUGGUGGCCCACUGCCUGGCCAUGCUGUGGUUCCUGGGGGGAGACUCCCUAAAGGCACUGGGAUUUGGCAGCACUGCCCUGCAGGCCAGCCAGCUGAUACCAAACCAUGACCUGACAGAGCCCAUCCAGAGCCUGCUGCAGCUGGUGCAGGGUCCGCACACAGAGUCACAUCCAGGUUCUGACUAGUCACCGUACCUGCCCUGCUGAUCGCUCCGCUCUGGGAUCUGCUCCACCGGGACAUCAGGUUCAGCCCUACACUGAUUCACCCAUGUAAAUGUAGAAACCACUAAAUUGGUCACAGAUAAAACAAGUACAGAGGCUAUGAUGUCAUUUAUGGUUCAUCCAGAUGUUUUGAAUUAGUGUUAUAAGUGAAUAAUGAAAAACUAUUGUGGAGUUGAUCUUGAAACGCUUGACAAAAGUAAAAGGAGGAGGAGACGUAUUUUCACUGAUCUUGAAUAAUGACUCAUCUUUAUUUGAAUCUAAAAAAAAGAGGGAUAUAUAUUUACAUCAUUUUGCACAUUUGUGAAUUACAUGAUUUGGGAUCCUUUUCGUAACACUGUCAGAAUGAUACAGAACAGAAUAAAUGGUGAGGGCAUUUGCUAAAAACCUGUUUGUUUGUUUUUACACAAUGUUUUUGCUUAUCUCGUACCUAUCAGUCCAGAACCUCAUCAUCAAUUCACCAUAAUAUAAUUCAAGACUUCUAAUGUCUAUAUAUCAUCAACGGAGCAUAAACAUUGCAUUUGUCUUCUGCAAAUCAAAGUAUAUUGUAAACCUUUAAGCAACCACCAGGUUCGUUUUAAAAUACAUUGACAUAAAAUGAACCCGAUAAUUGCUGUGAAAUCCUACAUAUUAUAUACAAUUCUGAAACAUUUAUUCAUUAUAUCAAAACAAAGAAUCACUUUUAAAAUCAUCUCACUACUAGUGUUUCUAGUACUGAAUUAUACAACAAAAUGUUUGUUUUUUUGGCAUUCAGAUUCAUUUUUAUGUGUCAAGAGGCAGCAAAGCAUGGAAACACUUGGGUUUCCGCAUAUUCCCUUUUUAAUUUUUGAGCCAAAUAUACAUUAGCAGCAGUUUGGAAUUAAAUAGUAACCUUGUGCUCUGUUGUGUUGUUGUACACAGUGACUAGUCCAGAGGUCCCUAUGUGUUUGUUCCAGGCUGGCCGAGCACCACACAGGCCCGUGCACUUUCAAUCGUUUCACGAUUUACAUGCGUUUUUCUUCCUUCCCUGUGUCACUAGCAUGCGGUACCCGUUUCUUUCAGUAGCUUCCAUGCCUUGUGUCCACUUUAACAUGGCCACUGAUCUAUAAAUACCAAGCAGAAAGAAACCCACCUGACCCAGGAUCUUAACUCAGCUAUGAUCCUUAAAUCCCAGAGGAAACCAGACAGUGAGAAGGCAUUGUGAAAGUUGUUGGGGCACAGUAAAAUGAACCUGAAAUGGCUAGAUGUGCUCUGUGUGCAUAUGGAUGAUGUGUAAACUACAGAUUUAAAUAACAGGGCUGUAAAAAGAGAUAUGAACAUUUGACUCUGUCCUAUGGCUGGCUUGUUAAUGUCGUGAAAGGAUAUGUGAUCUUUGAUUUACAUUUACGUACACAAUGUAGAAUGACACAGGCUUCAGUACAAAGACUUUAAAAAAAAGGGGGGGACAACAACAACUGGAGAUAGUUCACUCAUAUAAGCUUUUAUGUUGGGAUGUGACUCGUUGGUAAUCAAGCCCACCGGCCCUGGCAUGUCAGGAGAGUGGACAUGAGCGGACUUCACAGUUUGUUUGUCAGAUACUUUCAUUAUAUAGAUACCGGACAACAUCACAGCAGUGAAAAUGGUGUUAUUCUCUUAGUGGAGCCACUGUGAUCACUUGACGGCAGACUUUAAAUAGAAGCUGCCUUUCCUGUUGUCUGGCGGGUUUAGAUUUGGCACCCUCGACAGGCCCCUGUUAGAUUCCAGGCAGUUAGUAAAUUUCGGGCCCACAAUAAAGGAAAAUAAAAUCAAGCUUCACAGCGGUUUCACUUUAUUGAGACAAUAUUAGUGCACACAAACCACUUUUUUUUCUCUUUAAAAUACCAUAAAUUAGGAAGAAAACAAGGAACAAUAUAAAACAAGCAAGGAAAAAAAGUGCAUGUUAACCAUGGUAUACACCACAUUGUCUUAUACUGUAGUUUACAACCUUUUUUUCGUUGUUGUUUGUGUAUCUUUUUGUCUGCCUGUGGGUUAUGUGUUAUGUUUCUGACAUGUCUCUAGCUCAGAUGGAUAUGUCGUGCCUUUGGGGGUCAGGGGUGAGAUCCAGGCUGCUUCCCUGAGUUGUGUUCAACAGAAAGGGCUAUGAGUCAAAACACAUGGACGUCGCUACGUCGAACAACUUAGGGUUUACAUUUGUGCUUUUGAUCGGAGCUGUAAAUUAUUCUAACUCUGUGUUGAUUUCAGAAGGCGUAAAGGAGGUAAAUCAACAGGAACAAAAACCGUAAGCAAAACGCUCUUGGCCACUGAAAUCCCUGGAUUUUUUUUCCUUUCUUUUCUAAGAAGAGAAAAAGUAACAUUCUAUUCAAAGAGACUGCAAAAAUAUAGUUCCCAUGUUUUUAUUUGUACAUCAUGCCAACAUAUUUUGCGGGUUAGGAUACUUCAGUUAUCAAAAAACAA